AUGUAUAGCAGUUGGGCAUGGAAAAUAUGGAGCACGCUGGGAGUUAUUUUAAGAAUAUUGUUUAUAGACAUUCCAUCUGAUGCCUAUCGGUUUCUUAAUCUUCGCCAAAAAAACGUACAAGGUCAGACAGUAGUAAUUACUGGUGGCGGAUCAGGUCUGGGACGAGCGAUGGCCUUGGAUUUUGCCAAGAGAAAAGCAAAAGUUGCGAUAAUUGACGUGAAUAAGGAAGGAGGCAUGGAAACAGUGAAACUAAUCGCUGCGGAAGGAAAUCUAGCCAAGUUCUGGUUUUGUGAUAUUAGUGAUGUAGAGGAGAUGAAGAAAACAGCACAGGAUAUUGAAAUGACUUUUGGGGACGCUGACAUUGUUAUUUGUAAUGCUGCAAUUCUUUCAUUCACUUCAUUUAUGGAGAUUUCCAACGAGCUACUCAGAAAGUGUCUGGACGUUAACAUUUUUGGAACAAUAAACACUAUCCGAGCUUUCCUCCCAAAAAUGGAGAAUCGAAAUGACGGUCAUAUUGUAUGCGUCUGCUCUAUUGCUGGAUGGUCCGGUGAAACAAUGGGACUCUCUUACUGCACAAGCAAAUUCGCUGUUCGUGGAGCCAUGGAAUCCUUACAAAUGGAGUUGAGAGACAGAGGAUUAGAAGGAAUCAAGACAACAACGCUAUAUCCAUACUUUGCCAGGACACCAAUGAUACUGGAAAACAACAUGAGACCGACUUGUACUUGGUUCCCAUUCAUGAGUGUGAGGUCCUGCUCCAGAAGAAUGGUAGACUCGAUUCUGAAAGAGAAAGUUCACGCGUUUGUCCCCUCAUAUAUCACUCUUAUUCCAUUCGUUAAAAAUUUCUGCUCUCUUCAAGUUUGCCGGUCACUCCGUAACUACUUGGGUGUCAAGUAUUCAGCUUCUGAUCCGUCUCUUUGCAAACUUCGACUCAUCGAAAUGUCAGAUUUCUUCAGAAUUCCACAACUAUUCUGGUGGUUUAUUAUUGUACCGGCAUUGGCAGUGAAUUAUAUCAGCUAUGCCCAUCCGGAAGCUGCUCUUUACAUCCCAGUCAUCGGAACUUUUGUUCAUUACAUCGGAACUCAAUAUCCAUACGUCGCCAUGCUAACAAAUCUCUUCGCUCUCGUCGCCCAUGCAGGAGAAGCACUUUUCGCUCUUUACCUGUGCCAUAAAGCCAACAUCAGUUUUGCUUCAACUGCCAAGUGGACUGUGCAGACAUUUAUUCUUGGAUUCCCAUCUCUCUCCAUUCUCAGCCAUUACGAAGCGAAACAACGAAAAAAUAAUUGA